GUGUGCGGAUGAGGAGCUGUGAGCUGCUGUGUGAGUGACCCGGGGGUGCAGCAGCCGCCUGAGCCUCAGUGUAGCAGGGGCUGGGCCGGACAGCAGGACACCCACCCCCGCCGGCACAGCGCACACAUCCGGGCGUCAGGCGGAGACGGCGUAGGCUGCAGACUCCAUGUAGCGGCGGGGCGACCCGGGGCACAAGAUGGCGGAUUUGUCGCUGCUGCAGGAUGAUGUGCAGGAAGAAAUAGAUGGCUUUGGUGUGGAUGACUACAGCUCAGAGUCUGAUGUGAUUAUUAUACCUUCAGCCUUGGACUUUGUCUCGCAAGAUGAAAUGUUGACCCCUCUUGGAAGACUGGACAAGUACGCUGCGAGUGAGAAUAUAUUUAACAGACAAAUGGUUGCCCGAAGUUUACUGGAUACCUUAAAAGAAGUCAGCGAUGAUGAGAAGGAUUGUAUUGCUGUAUUAGAAAGAGUUACAAGACUAUCUGAAGAUUCUGAGCCUACUGUGCGUGCUGAACUCAUGGAACAAGUGCCUCACCUUGCGAUGUUCUGUCAAGAGAACAGACCUUCCAUUCCUCAAGCUUUCUCCAAAUAUCUCUUGCCUAUUGUAGUACGGUAUCUCGCUGACCAGAAUAACCAGGUCAGAAAGACAAGUCAGGCCGCAUUACUGGUGCUCUUAGAGCAAGAACUGAUUGACAGAUGCGACGUGGAGACUAAAGUAUGUCCGGUGCUCAUUGAUCUCACUUCUCCAGACAGCAAUGAUGACGUCAAGACUGAAAAUGUGGCAAUAAUGUGCAAAAUAGCCUCGAUGGUUGGUCGAGAUAUAACUGAAAGGCUCAUCCUGCCACGGUUUUGUGAAAUGUGUUGUGACUGCAGAAUGUUCCAUGUCCGUAAGGUGUGUGCAGCCAACUUUGGUGAUAUUUGCAGUGUUGUUGGACAAGAUGCAACAGAGAAGAUGCUGUUGCCUAGGUUUUUCCAGCUCUGUUCAGACAAUGUAUGGGGUGUACGUAAAGCCUGUGCUGAGUGUUUCAUGGCAGUGUCUUGUACAACAUCUCAAGAACUUCGACGAACUAAGCUCUCUGCUCUUUUUAUUAACCUCAUCAGUGACCCGUCUAGAUGGGUACGCCAAGCUGCCUUUCAGUCCCUUGGGCCUUUUAUAGCCACGUUUGCAAACCCAUCAAGUUCUGGUCAAUACUUCAAAGAAGACGAAUGUCAAAACACCAAGGAUGUCAUAUCAAGUGAAGCUGGUGAGGGUAGUGCAUCCUAUGAGCCCCUGCCAGAAGAUCCUGAGAAUGUUUCAGAAGACGCAGUCACUUUAAGUGAAGAGUCCCCAGCAGACAGCAGCCUUGUGAACUUUACUGUGACGUUAGAAACCAACUUGGAGGACGAUCUGAUAUCAGAUGAACUUUUUAGGGUCAACAGUAAGACCAUUGACUUUCAUUCACAUUGCACUUUGCCUUCGGAGACUUCAGCCGAUUCAGUCAAACCAGAGCGGAGUCCUCCUGGCAGGGAGUCAUCAAAGGCUCUGGAAAUAGAAUCUGAGGAGAGACCUGUUACUGAGCAAGAGCUAUUCAAUUCGUUCCAUUAUUGGAGGACUCCCAUUCCUGAGAUUGAUAUUGAUCUGGAACUUCGGCAGUCACAAGCUGAAGCACGCAGGCCUGAAAGUAGGCAAAUUGCUCAGAAGACCUCAUCCCCUGGCUCUCCUAAUAUAACCAUGGCUACCAGAAAAGAGCUGGAGGAGAUGAUAGAAAACCUGGAACCCCACACAGAUGACCCUGAUGUGAAAGCACAAGUCGAUGUCCUCACUGCUGCCCUCAAAGCGUCCAGCCUCGAAUCUCAGGAAGAUAAAAAAUCCUCUCACUUGAAUCGACAGAUCAUCUACCACAAUGACCUGAUUGAGUCAGGGAGGAUUAACUGCAAGAUGUUGCGGGAUGACACCAUUCCUCUAAUCAGUGAUUCCAUAGAGUGCAUGCAGUCUACCUUGCGGUACAUACACAAUGAUUCUGAUUUGAGCACUAGUAGCAGCUAUAGUCCUGAAGAAGAGAGAAAGUCCAAAUUGCAGGAUGUUGUACCUCAAGCCUUAUUGGAUCAGUAUUUAUCCAUGACUGACCCAUCCCGUGCUCAGACUGUUGACACAGAGAUUGCCAAGCAUUGUGCCUAUAGCAUUCCAGGUGUGGCUCUCACACUGGGUAGACAGAACUGGCACUGUCUCAGGGACACCUAUGAGACACUGGCAGCAGACAUGCAGUGGAAAGUACGGAGAACGUUGGCAUUUUCAAUUCAUGAACUGGCACUGAUACUUGGUGACUCCCUUACUGCUGAUGACUUGCUACCAAUAUUCAAUGGAUUUUUAAAAGACCUUGAUGAAGUCAGGGUAGGCGUCCUAAAACAUCUAUAUGACUUCUUGAAACUUCUUCAGCCUGACAAAAGAAGGGAAUAUCUUUAUCAGCUGCAAGAGUUCCUGGUGACUGAUAACUGCCGCAACUGGCGUUUCCGGGCAGAGCUUGCAGAGCAAUUGAUUCUCCUACUUGAACUGUACAGUGCCAGGGAUGUUUAUGACUACUUACUGCCAAUUGCUUUGACUUUGUGUGGGGACAAAGUGUCUUCUGUACGCUGGAUUUCUUAUAAACUGGUGAGUGAAACGGUGAAGAAGCUGUACUUUGCGCCAACUCCAGCAUUAGUCCUGGACCUUAUGAAUAAGCUUGUGGAACAGUUUUGCCGAAGUUCAAAGUGGUCUGGGCGACAGACAUUUGUAUUUAUUUGCCAGGCGCUCAUUGAAGAUGACUGUAUUCCUAUGGAGCAGUUUGCUAUGCAUUUAAUGCCUCAUCUACUGCAGCUUGCCUCUGAUAGAGUACCGAACGUCCGAGUCCUCCUUGCAAAGACUUUAAAGCAAACCCUGUUAGAGAAAGAAUACUUCUUGACUUCUGCCAAUUCCCACCAGGAAGCUGUGGAGCAAACAAUUGUAGCUUUACAGAUGGAUUACGAUAAUGAUGUCAAGUACUUUGCCAGUAUACAUCCUGCUAGCACCAAACUUACCGAUGAUGCCAUGAGCACUGCUUCUUCCACCUACUAAUUGGCAUUUUUAGAAAGGCAGCAUUGAACUCUAAUCUAAGACAGGUCUUUAGCUGCUUUAUUGUUUUGGUUUCCUAUUCUACAUUAGGAGGGAAGAGUAAAAAUGAACUCUCAGAGGAUUGCCACCAAAGCCUUAAAUCUUCUGUCUUCCUGAGAUGUCAAGAAACUUGAAGUGGCUGAUGAGGAACUUUGUCUACUAGGAAAUGAAAUUCUAUUCUAGGUUGUCAUCAUUCAGCCCAUUUGCUCACUUCUUAAGUCCUGGCUGGAGCUGGUACUGAAGUCCUUGCAUCUAUGUACUGUACAAAAGAAUACCAUAUAGUCUAGAACCCACAACAUGAAUGGGGUGUAAGAUCAUGCGACAGGCAGUGUUGAGUGUCUGUGGGCAAUGGCCUUCAGUGAAUUCUCCCUGCUAAUCUGUUCCAAAUCAUUGUAGAGAAUUUCCAGUAUUAGUUGCAAUGGGGUUUUUAUUAAAAAUGUAUUUCCCCGCCACUUUCUUAACGUGUGAAUAGUUUCCUUUUCUGGGGAUGUGUGUAAAAUAAGAAAAAGGAGUGCUACCUUUUUUUCUUUUCCAUUUUCUUAAGGGCUCAGUGCUAACACUACACUAGAAACUGGUUUUAAUCCUUUAAAUGCAGCAUAUUGCUGUAUGUAUAGGCAGGCAACAUUGCUGUUAUGUACCUCUGUUCUAACUUGUUUUCAUGCUGGUCAUGACCUGAAGGAAAUGUAUUAGUUCAUGUACUUCAAGUCAAGUUUUUUUUUUUCCGUUUGUUUUUAACUUGAUUAAGAUCAGCUACGAGGUGCAUCACUAUUGGUCUUCAUAUAAAUGUACAUAUCUGCUUGUGCUCCCUGAAGUACUGCAGUCUUUAAUCAUGCUGUUUAAAGCUCUGUUGUAAUACAAGUUUAUCUGCUUGUUCAAAUAAAAUUUAUUAAUAAGUUUCAA